AUGGCCGUCCCUGCCUGCUCCCAGUGUAGAAGAGCUGGCAAGGAAUGUGUGGGCUACCGAGAUGAGCUGCCUCUGUUGUUCAGAGACGAGAAUGCUCGCACCAUCAGACGAGCUACAGCUGCCAAGGUUCGAUCCAGAGCUCAAAGAAAGGAUGCAGGAUGCGAUUCCACUUCUUCACCUGGUUUGCAGCUUAUGAGGUCUGGUCAUGGGACUAUCACGGCUACCUCAUUACCCUCAACCUUGCCAUGCCUUGACAUGGACAAUCUUGGGCUCCAAUUCUUCGUCUAUCAUUUCUCCACUUACGCCUGGGCCGGCCGAUACCCACCUCAGCCCAUUGCAUCUCCUUUUAUGCACCGAGUCAGUGAAGACGAGAUGCUAAGAAGUGCGGUCGCUUCGGUCGGUUUAGCUGCCCUCUCGAAUAUUCGAAAGGAUGAGGCGAUCUUACGUGGAGCACGCCAGCAGUAUGGCCAAGCCAUCAGAGUAAUCCAGAACGCAUUGCGAUCUAAGAAGGCUUACCUACUGGAGGAUACCAUGAAGAUGAUUUUGAUGGUGGCUCUAUUUGAGAUUGUUGACGCCAGCCCGACGUCAAAGUUAUCAUGGAUUGUGCAUUUGCAAGGUGUAGCAGCCUUGCGGAAUCGGUCACCGCGAGACUUCUUCCGCAAGAACCAUCGUGUUCAUAUCAUGUUCACAUUUACUUUGAUUUUCAAAUACUUUCAGACCGGAGGACGGUUUCCAUUGGAGUUAGAAAGUAGGUCGGCGCCGGAUAUACCGGUUGAGGCCGACGAUGAUCUUCCUGCCGUCUCACUGAUCGAGAUCCUCCUCAAAUUCAUCCGUCUGCGGGCCUGUCUCGUUGAUUACAAUGAUCAGCCAAUAGGUAAUGCUUUGACGGAGGCACUGGCCUGCGAAAUGCAACUCGAGGUCUGGUCAACUAGCCUUCCUGCCAAAUUUGGUUGCAUGGAGAAAGUUUCAACAGACACCUCGCAAUACUUCCAUGGUCGCUUCCACCUUUAUCAGGACGUCUGGGCUUCGCGAAUUUUAAUCUAUUAUCGCGUGGGCCGUCGCCUGGUGAACGAGCUGAUAUUACACCUCGCGUCCAGAUGUGAGACCUCAACGGAGCAAAUACUAGAGACGGCUCAUGCCAGAAAUACGAUUAUUUAG